CAACCCAAAGAAGGAAGCAGACUAGUCCCAGGGAUCUCGGGCAUCUCUACUCCAACAGAAUGAAAUACGCACAGUAUGUUUUCCUGGCCUCCAUGGUCUCCACUGUUGAAUACAGCCUAGCUCAGACCUGUGCAGUGGAGUCUUUCGCUGUGAAAGACAAUUUUGAUCCAAAAAGGUAUGCAGGGAAAUGGUAUGCCCUGGCCAAGAAGGAUCCAGAAGGCCUUUUCCUUCAGGACAACAUCUCUGCUGAAUACACCGUGGAGGAAGAUGGCACAAUGACAGCAUCAUCCAAAGGCCGAGUCAAGCUUUUUGGGUUCUGGGUGAUCUGUGCUGACAUGGCUGCUCAGUACACAGUACCUGCCCCAGCCACUCCAGCAAAGAUGUACAUGACCUACCAGGGACUGGCCAGCUACCUCUCCAGCGGUGGGGACAACUACUGGGUGAUUGACACCGACUAUGAUAACUACGCCAUUACCUAUGCCUGCCGCAGUCUGAAGGAGGAUGGCUCUUGCGAUGAUGGCUACUCCCUGAUCUUCUCACGCAACCCCCGUGGCCUGCCCCCAGCCAUCCAGCGCAUUGUGCGCCAGAAGCAGGAAGAAAUCUGCAUGUCUGGCCAGUUCCAGCCCGUGCUUCAGUCAGGGGCCUGCUGA